AUGAGGCUCACACUUUCGUUUCUUCUCAACGUUUCGCUGUCGCUUGCGCAGCUGACGACAUCGUCGCUCGAGAAGCACGUUGACUCGGCGACUCUCGCCCACUCUUACAACCCCGUCAAGGAGGCCUACUGGACUGGCUACCCUCACCACCGUCGAACUCCCUUCGCUCUCUCGCCCGAUGGCAAGACGGCCUACCUCGCUUAUCUCGAUGCCAGUGAGACGGACGUGCACGUCCAGCCCAUCAACCCCACUACUUUUGCUGCCACGGGCACCUCCGUCACUAUCAAGGGCGCCAAAGAGGCCGGUGGUCUCGUCGCCCACGACGAUGGUUUCGCCCUGUUGACCAACGAGGCUCUUCCCUCCGGCACCUCUAACGCCCCUGCCGGCAACACCCCCGUUCCUGUUCUUUACCGUUACAACGCUGCUGGCACGCAAUCCUGGAAGACCUUCCUCGGAGGCCCCGGUGUUGAUGCUGAGAACGGCCUUGUCGCCUCGCCCGAUCUCAACGGUGACCUUGUCUUCUCCGCUGAGGCUGGCUACUACGCCGCUUACUUUGUCGUGACUGCCUACAGCGGCUGGGCCGAGGGUCACUUUGGCGAUGCCAUCCGCUACGUCAAGCCUGAUGGCACUCUCGAGAACAUCCCCGGCGCUUCGUCCUCGUGGGGCUGCAGCCACAACACCGGCAUUGCCUUUGAGGCUGCCGAUGCCCCUCCCUACGCGUCCAUCUGUGCCGAGGACCAGGGCGCCAUCUGGCUCAACACCAAGACGCAGGGCAUGGGCAACAACGGCGUCAAGGUCUCCAACGAGAAGGUCAUCAACGGUGGCAGCAACGAGCCCAUGGGCGGAACCAGUGGUAGCUACAGCGGUCUCGCCCGUUUCGGCUCUGCCAGCGAGUACAUCUUCUCCUGGGUCUCGCGCGGCGCCAUCGACCUGACGACCAACGACUGGAUGGGCGCUGGCUACACCAAGUCGGCGAACCGCACCAGCAACCGCAACGUUGCCAUCGCCCUCUUUUCCGACAAGUCGACCAUCGUCGGUGAGCAGGCUACGUCUGUUGUCGGCGCCGCCGAUGGUGACAAGCAGAUCAACUGGGUCACCGAGGGCACCGCCGACUGCUCCAAUGCCCACGUCGCCGCCUUUGACGCCUCGCAGGCCCUCGUCACUUGGGAGGAAAUCGCCAGCCCCAUCUGCGACUUUGAGGCCAUGGGCUGCCGCGGCAAGUUCACCGGCACCCACUACCAGCUCGUCAACAAGGCCGGCGAGAAGGUCGGCAGCCCCAUCGAGUCCCUCGACACCACCGUCUCCGGCGACCUGGUCACCAUGUCGGACGGCAGGAUCUGCUGGCCCUAUGUCAACAUGGAGUGGCGCCUCGACGCCGUCACCCGCGCCCUGCCCGCCUCGACCACGAGCGACAUCUCGUUCGCCUGUAUCAGUCUCGGCGGUGCAAGCUCCCCCGCCGAGCCCGUGCCCGAGACCCCUGCCUCCUCCGCCGCGGCCGCCCCCGUCUCCUCCGCUGCCGAGACCGAGGCUGCCGCUCCCGUUGAGACUGAGGCCGCUGCCCCCGUAGUUUCUGCCCCUGCCGCGUCCGAGCCCCGUGUUGCCGAGUCCGCUGCACCCGCCUUCAGGCUCGGCUUUGAAGCAAUUUGA